AUGAAAGAACUCAUAACUGCGACGAUGACCAUGCCCAGAGGAUUAAAUGCGACAUAUGCUAAGAGUUUGGCAUCCCAUCCAAAGGCCCAAAUUGAAGUAUUUUCUCUCUGGGCCACGAAAGUGAGAAUAGUUCCGAGGAAGGCUCCAAGAGAACACACCAUAGCCGUUAGAGAAAGCCCAGCAGAGUAUGAUUUCAAGGGUAUAAAAAGCGGAGUAACCAGUACAACCAACAGCAAUCAUGAUAGCUCCCUUAACUGGAUCUUCUGCAGAAGUUUGUUGAUUAUCAUGGGAUUCGCGUGUCCAUGGCAAUCCUAUCACGGGCCCAACAAUCAAAGUCAUAAUCAUGGCUCCACUUACAGUAACCAAAGUCCCCAUAAUUUUUGCAUAGCUGCGAAGGCUUUUGAAGUUCACUUUUUCAAUCCUUAUCCAAGCCAAUACAAAAGUGAGAGCAGGAAUGAGAUUGCAAAGGGCUGCAGCAAACGUGGCCGAUGA